GCCUCCGGGGCAGCUGCAGCACUGGGAACGCACUUCCGGGGACGCUGAGUGGGAGAAGCUUGGGGCGGCUUCGGGGUGCGGGCGACUCCGGCGCUCCGGCUGUGGGGAGCAGGUACUGGUAGGUGUGGUCAAGACGGAUAGGAUUUCGGAGUCUUGCUCGAAUCGUUGUGGGCCUGGUGUCACGACCCUAAAUCAAGAGGAGACACUGAGAAAGGCCCAGAUUAUCUCUACUCUUGUUCAUAUGUGCAUGUCUCUUCUAACUUGACUAAAGCUACUUUAGAACUAUAAAUACCUCAAAAGGUUUGACUGACAGUACUACAUAAAGCCUGCCUGCCAUGGGCUGUCGGGAUGUCCAUGCAGCCACAGUCCUGUCCUUCUUGUGUGGAAUCGCCUCAGUAGCAGGCCUCUUUGCAGGGACUCUGCUUCCAAACUGGAGAAAAUUGCGACUGAUCACAUUCAAUAGGAACGAGAAGAACCUGACUGUUUACACAGGUUUGUGGGUAAAAUGUGCCCGGUAUGAUGGAAGCAGCGACUGCUUGAUGUAUGACACUACUUGGUACUCAUCAGUUGACCAGCUGGACCUACGUCUCCUCCAGUUUGCGCUGCCCCUCAGCAUCCUGAUUGCAAUGGGUGCCUUGCUGCUCUGCCUGAUUGGAAUGUGUAACACAGCCUUCAGAUCUUCAGUGCCCAAUAUCAAGCUGGCCAAGUGUCUGGUCAAUAGUGCAGGCUGCCAUCUGGUGGCUGGACUGCUGUUUUUUCUGGCAGGUACUGUGAGCCUUUCUCCAUCCAUCUGGGUCAUCUUUUACAAUAUCCAUCUGAACAAGAAGUUUGAGCCCGUUUUUACAUUCGACUAUGCAGUGUAUGUUACUAUUGCGAGUGCAGGGGGUCUGUUUAUGACUGCACUUCUGCUGUGUAUUUGGUAUUGUGCAUGCAAAUCUUUGCCUUCUCCUUUCUGGCAGCCACUGUACUCCCAUCCUCCCAGUAUGCACACUUACUCACAGCCCUAUUCAGCACGUUCCCGCCUAUCCGCCAUUGAAAUUGACAUUCCAGUAGUUUCACACACUACUUAAUCGGAAUGUAAUUAGCUGUUUAAAUUUUUUCUUGUAGCUUUCCAUUUUCCCUGUGUAAAGAGCCUUUUUGGGCUAGAAUAAUUUUUCUUUGUUUGUUUGUGACUAGUCACUAGAGCCAAAUUAGUAUGUCCUGAUAAAAGGAAGUGCUGCUAGUUUUUAUGAGGUGUAAAUUAAUUAUUUUAAAUGUGAAACAUUCCUUUUAUAUUGCU